AGAUUCAAGGCCGGUAACUUCAAAAAAUUUUAUACACACAUAGGUCAUCGUCAUUUGCCCCCAAACAAGAUAUCCGUUUGAAAAACUAACUGUUUCAUGUAUAUAUUAAAGGUUAUUUAUUUUUAAUUGUAUCUUUGUUUUUGUGCACAAUAUACUUGAAAGAUUUUCACAAUGUUUCUAAAAUUAAAUUUUCUGUAAUGACAAAUAAUAUUUUGAAAAUAAACAAGUCAUUGUCAUUUUGACAUUUUGAUUCGUAUCAUAUGUUUUCUGAACUGCAUUUAUUUAAUCACAACACGGCAUUCUAGAAACAAAAUAACUAGUUUAAUCAAAUUUGUGUUUUUUUUAAAAGUUAGUUUUCUUAAUCAAAAAUGAAUUUAAGUGUCGAUGAGCAAUUAAAUUAUAUUGUAAAAUGGUUUAACGAAUGGAGCGAAUUACAACGUACUGAUUUUAUACCGAUUUUAGCUGAUUAUUUAGCUAAUAAAACAUAUGUAAAUGGUAUUGUUGAUCGGAUUGCUAAUUUAGAUUGUACAUCGAAACCGAUGACUUUGUUCGAAUGUCGGAUAAAAUUAUUUCGUGAAUGGUAUCCAAAUUGGGGUCCCGAGCAACGUGAGCACUUAAUGACAAAAAUCAAAGAGACUGACCCUGAAUUUGUUGAAAAUUUAAAUCGGGAAAUGCAAAAUGGGCAUCCAACAACAAAUGGUAUGAAUGGUACUACUAAUGGCAUUGAUCAUCAUAGCGAUGUUGAACUGGCUGAAAAUGAAGUUUAAAUUCUGGCUAAAAUACCAAUGCGAAAAUUUUUCACACGUUUAUAGAUAGUUUUAAUCUAGAUUCAAUUUGUUGCAUUGGUUUAUUAGUUAGUAGUUAAAAAGUUUUAAUACGUAUAUAAUUUAUGGGUCUGUUCUGUAGGGUAGAUAGUGAAAAAUUGUGUUUUUAAAGUGCAUACUAUCUUUUACUAUUUACACUAAGCUAAAAAGAACAGCGUUUAUGCAUUAAGGGUCACAACAUUCUUUUUAAUUUUAAGUAUAAUUUUAGAAACUGUGCCAACAAAUUAUGUUUAUUUUUUAUUUUUUUAAAUAAAUAUUCUUUUAAAUUUGAAUUAUGGUAGCUUAUUUGGCAGGCUAAUAUUCUAUAAUAAAAAUAGCUCGAAAUAUACUCGAAUUAAAUUUUACAUUAAUUUCGAAAAAAAAUUCACAAACAAAAGUAGUAGUCGAAUUAAGUAAAACAAAGGUUGUAAGAUUUUAUUAAAAUUAUAAACUUUAAUAAUCAAAGUCGAUUUUUUUUUUGUAAUCAGGCCAUAAAUCAUUAUUUACUGACUUAAAGAUAAUUUUAUUUAUUUAUAGUUUAAAAAUUGCAUUCAUUUUUUUAAAUUUACGUUUUGAAAUAUACGUUGAAAUAAUCGAAUUUUGAAAGUGCCUAGUCACACGAUAGCAAGACACUAGCGUUUUAGUGUUUUAAAUUGCACGCGAGUGGGAUUACUGGUAAAAAGUUAAUAUAAUGUGGAGAAGAUCGAUUAGAGAAUUUUGUAGUUGUGUACACGGAAUUUAAGUGUGUGUAAUACAACAGGUUGCAAAAUUUUCCAAUUUAUAAUUAAAAAAUUAUUUUUUUAACUCUCUCUCGAAUGCAAUUAAAAAACGAUGUUUUCAUAAAAAAUUUUCAAACUUUGGCUCCGACUAAAUAUCAAAUCAAAAUUGGUUAGUUACCAAUUAAUUAUUAAACAACAAAUGUGAUUAGCGUAUUGUUUGAGUUUGUACAUGCCUAAGACUGAUUGGUUAUUUCUAGAUAGUGAUAAUAUAUUAAUUUUUGGAAAUUUUAUUUUUAAAUUUGGUUUAUAUCUUUGAUUAUGCUAAGGGCUCCAUCGAUUCAAUUUGUUAUGAAUCCCAAAUUUAAUUAUCACUAUUGUGCUUCACUUUCAAAAAUGCAAUGUAUUAAAAGAUAAUGUUACGUUGUUAGCUCUUAGCAUUGGAAAUAUUUCAUUAAAUUCCAUAUAAACUAAUUCCAUGUUAGUUUAGAAAAAGAAUUCGAAAUAAAAUAAUUUAAAUCUUUUUUUUUUUUUUUU